AUGUGCAAAAUCCAAAGUAUUAUAGGCGUGCAAAUCGCCGUUUUAGUGCUACUGCAACUGAAUUCCGUGCAAUGUUACGACUCACAAGCAUACAAAAAUCCUCAUUUCGAGGGUAACAGAACGACGAUCGUGCAUCUAUUCGAAUGGAAGUGGAAAGAUAUCGCUACAGAAUGCGAACGAUUUUUGGGACCAAUGGGAUUCGGUGGUGUACAGGUUUCCCCAAUCACCGAAAAUAUUAUAAUUGCUGGCCGGCCGUGGUAUGAACGUUAUCAACCGAUAUCGUACCGAUUUGUAACCCGAUCCGGUAACGAAGACGAUUUGAGAGAUAUGGUUGCGAGAUGCAACAGAGUCGGUGUGCGGAUUUACGUCGACGCCGUGAUCAACCACAUGACGGCUGACGCUCCGGGUAAGUGCAUUGGUACGGAUGGAUCGACUGCGCAGCCCGAAAAGCGCGAGUUUCCCGCCGUGCCCUACACGGCCGACGAUUAUAAUUGGCCGGUCUGCGACAGCGACGACUCGACUCUGCACAAAGCUCGCGACUGCGAACUCGUCGGCUUGCACGAUCUCAAUCAACGUAAAGAGAACGUUAGAAACAAAAUCGUCGAGUUCUUGAAUCAUGCCAUUGACACUGGAGUUGCUGGUUUUAGAGUCGAUGCAGCCAAGCACAUGUGGCCCGAAGAUCUUGAAGUAAUUUACGAACGAAUGAACGAUUUGGAACCAAGUGUUUUUGGUUACGGCAAACGACCUUUUAUUUAUCAAGAGGUUGCCAGCGGGCCUUCGUCAGCUUCGAACAAAUGGCAGUACGCUUAUUUAGGCAAAGUAUACGAGUACACCAACAAAUAUCACCUCGAGGAAUUUUUCCGAGGCAGCAAGCCAUUGAGCGGCCUUCGAUUUUGGGGAUUGCCUACUUUUGGUUUGAUGCAUUCUAAUGAUGCAUUUGUAUUCACGGAAAGUCAUGACAGUCAACGUGAUGCGAAUGCUCAAACAACCCACAAGAAUCCAAGACUUCAUAAGAUGGCCGUUGCCUUUUUAUUGGCUCAUCCAUAUGGUCAAACUCGCGUAAUGAGUUCUUUUGAAUUUAACAAUUUCAAUCAAGGUCCACCAUGCAACUCCAAAGGUGAAAUUAUAUCUCCAAAACCGAUCGUCAAUAAUGUAACAGACGGAAAGGAUGUAAAUAUGUGUGAAAAUGGAUGGGUUUGUGAACAUCGUUGGCGACAAAUUUAUCAAAUGAUAGGUUUUCGCAAUGUUGUUGGCGAUGCCCCAUUCUUGAACUGGUGGACAAAUAAUCAUAACCAAAUUGCUUUUUCAAGGGGUGAAUUAGGUUUCGUAGCAUUUAACGGAGAAUUCGGUGUAGAUUUAAACGUAUACAUUUAUACUGGAAUGCCAACUGGUCGGUAUUGUGAUGUAAUAAGUGGAAGAAAAUCAGGAUACAGAUGCACUGGAAAGACGAUUUACGUUGAUCAUAACCGAAUGGCUAAUAUCAAGAUAUUUAAAGACGAGCAAGAUGGUAUUCUUGCUAUUCACAAAGAGUCCAAGCUACCCUAA